AUGAAGCCGGGCGCGGGGGCGAGGGCAGAGGAAACAUCGCGGGGCCAGUGGCGUAACGUGGGAGGUGGAGGCGGAGGCGAGCCGCGAGGACUUGAAUGGUUCGGGCGGGACCUGUGGGACGUGCAGCUGGGGCGGCGCGACGGCGUGGUGUCGCGGGCGUCGGAGGCGCUGGCCAACAUCCCCUCGCCGUCGGACAACUUCACCACCCUGGAGGCCAACUUCGGCGGCAAGGGCCUCGACGUCAAGGACCUCGUCAUCCUCUCAGGUGGAUGCCACGAUGAUGCCAUGAGGCCGUGCCCAAAGUGUAGCUAG